AUGUCGCGAAUCAACAUCAGCUCGGGGUCCGCCUUCGAAGCGCAGAUAGCAUACUCUCGUGCCGUGGUGACCGGAGACUACAUCCACGUCUCGGGGACCACAGGCUACGACUACGCAAAGGGCACCAUAUCCCCGGACAUCGAGGAACAGACGGAACAAGCGCUGCGCAACAUCGCGGCGGCCCUGGCGCAGGCGGGGGGCGCUUCGCUGUCGGACGUGGUGCGGGUGCGGUACAUCCUCCCCGACCGCGCCGACUUCCCCGCGGCUUGGCCGGCGCUGCGACGGUGCUUCGGCGACGUGCGGCCGGCGGCGACCAUGGUGCAGGCGGGUCUCAUGGAGGAGGUCAUGAAGAUUGAGAUUGAGGUUACGGCUUGGAGGCCUCGGGAGGGGUAG